CGUCACACGUAGCAGCAGAUCACGCUGCCUGAACCGGGGAGAGUGGGGCAGUGUUUAAGUUCAGUUAUAAAGUGGCUCGUUUUUUAUAUUUUUUCCCGUUGAGGGGCUCCGCAAAGGUUUGAACUGCAGUCCUCGAUGCGCAAGGGAGCAUGUCGAGCGUGUGUCAGGACCGAAGCAGCCGAUGGCAAGACAUUGAGAAAGGUCUCCAGUUUAUCCAGUCCACCCUGCCUUUCCCUGGCUCUCAAGAACAGUAUGAGAUAUUCAUUCAGGACCUGGUGAAGAACCUGUUUGGGGAGGGAAACGAUGUGUUUCAUGAAGGCGAAUGGGCACGAUCUGUUGAGCUGUAUACUGAGGCCUUAAACAUAGCAGAGUAUGCAGAUUCAGAAGAAAUCAGCAUAGUUUGUGCAAUUAGAGAGAAGCUGUACGCUAAUCGUGCUGCAUCAUACUUAAAUAUUGGCCUGCAUGACCAAGCCUUGGACGACUGUGAAAAAGCUCUUCAGCUGAAUGAUAAUAACCACAGAGCACUGUAUCGGAAAGCCAGGUCCCUGAAGGAAAUGGGGAGGCAUCAGGAGGCCUAUGAGGCUGUCGCUAAGUGUUCUUUGGCAGUGCCUCAGGAUGCCAGUGUAAUUCAGUUGACUCAGGAGCUUGCCAAAAUGUUGGGACUGAAGAUACGUAAAGCUUAUGUCAGAGGCAAGCCUGCCUUAAAUGUGUUGUCUGGCUCAAGUAUAUCAGGUGCAGCAAAUGAAAAGUAUUCACAGAUCUCUGCUUCAGUGGAAGACAUUGAAACAGAUGAGAGCCAGUCUAACCAGGGCAUUGCUGCUUCGUUGCCUGUAAGCAUGCCAGUGUGUCCCCCUGUUUGUGAGAAAGUAGAAGUGGAGCCUCAGCCUGCCCCUGUCACAGUCAUGUCCGCUGUACCCCCUAUGGAGCCACAUAACCCUGAGCCUGUUCCUUUGACUAUACAUAUGCCUUUGGUGAAUGGAUCCAGACCCAGUGAGCCUUACCCAGCACCAGAGCCGCAAUUAGACUUUAAUGCAGAGAUUAUUGGCGACGACCUGGAUGAACUGCUAGACAGUGCAGCUCCUGCUGACUCUUCUGAGGUGAUUCCUACAGUGACGGGUCCUCUUCCUUUACCUACCAGUAUUGCCACUGCGAGUUCCUUGUCUGCUUCUCUUCACUUACCCCCCCACCUAAGCCAUUCAAUGCUUGUGACACCUCAGUGCACAGUGAAUCUGCCUGCACCGUAUAACAAGCCAGUCUCCUCAGGCUACUCCCUCGGCCUGGACUCUUUCACCUCUCCGCUGGAUUCACUGGACAGCUUGUCUAUUUCAGAAUCUCAGCCAGAAAUACCACUCGUGGGAACAGGUUUUGGCCAGCAUACUUUCAUGAUGGGAAACAAUGAAAGAACCUUGCCUUCCUUGCCGCCCAUGGGAAUGGCCUUUGGCAUGCCGGAUGGCAGCAGUUAUACCCAGGAUCUUACACAGCAAGUGGACUUAGCCAAAAAUCCUCUUGCCGACACUCAUGAGUUUAAACAAGCCUGCUCUACGUGCUUCAGAAUUGGUCCUGGAGUACUAGAUUACACCUAUCAUCCUGAGGACCACAAAUGUAAAAAGGACCUGUUGCUUGGGAGAAUCAAACAUUCAGAUAACCCUACAUGGAAACUGAUUCGACCUAGGCCCACCAAAAACCAGUAUGUGGGGCCAUAUUAUAUUUGCAAAGAUGUAGCUAAUGGAGAAGAAUGCAAGUACCGUGGCCACUGUACAUUUGCUUAUUGCCAAGAGGAGAUUGAUGUCUGGACCCUGGAGCGCAAGGGCUUCAUCUCUAGAGACCUGCUGUGUGAUCCUUAUGGGGCCAGAAUGAAGGUCAAUUUGACUGUCCCCAAAAUUCUACAGGAGCACCAUGGGAUAUUCAUGUUCCUCUGUGAGGUGUGCUUUGAUCACAAACCCAGAAUAAUCAGCAAACUCAAUAAGGACAACCCCAGUCUCUGCUCUCAUUCAGUGACAAAGCAUGUGUUUGAAGAAAACAAGUGCCUGGUCCAUAUUUUGAAGGAGAACACCCUGAGGUACUCCAAAAUCCGCCCAUACAAUCCAAACUGUCAGCUAGAUCUUUGUAGGCACGCGGCACGCUACGGCUGCCAGCGCGAGGACUUCUGUUUCUAUGCCCACAGCCUCAUUGAGCUCAAAGUGUGGGUGAUGCAGCGUGAACAAGGCAUUACCCAUGAAAGUAUUGUCCAGGAGGCUAAUAAGUAUUGGAAUAUUGAGGCCAGCUCACAAGUACAGGAGCUGCCGCCUGUCUUAAAGAAGUUUGGUCCUCCUAACCUUAAGAUGCAGUUUGUAUGUGGGCAGUGCUGGAGAAACGGUCAAGUCAGUGAGCCUGACAAGUACAAGAAGUACUGCAGUGCUAAGGCCAGACAUGUGUGGGCCAAAGACAGGCAAGUGGUCUUGGUUAGUUCAGUUGAAAGAAAGAAGUGGACACAUGUUCGUCCCCUCCCAACAAGAAAGCCUGCCCCAUCUCAGUUUGAGAUUUGUAUGCAUGUGGCUGCUGGCAAGAAGUGCCAGUACAUUGGGAACUGCACUUUUGCCCACAGCGCAGAGGAAAAAGAGCUCUGGACGUACAUGAAAGAAAACAAUAUUGCAGACAUGGAGCAGCUUUAUGAGCUGUGGCUGCAGUCGCAGAAGCCAGGCUCUAGUGACCAGAGCUCCAACAGUGCUUCUAAGGAGAAUGGGAAGCAGAUUCACAUGCCCACAGACUACGCAGAAGAAGUGGCCGGCAAUCACUGUUGGUUGUGUGGGAAGAACUGUAACAGCGACAAACAGUGGCAGCAGCAUAUUACUUCAGAGAAACAUAAGGAUCGCUUGUUCAACUCUGAGGAUGAUCAGAACUGCUGGCAGUAUCGCUUUCCGACAGGAACCUUCAAAGUCUGUGAACGGUUCCAGAAGGGCUCGUGCCCGGACGGGGAGCUGUGUAAACUAGCCCACGGAGAGGAAGAGCUAAAGGAGUGGAAGGACCGAAGAGAAUUCCUAUUGAUGAGACUUGCCAAAGCCCGAAAAGAUCACUUGCUAGCACCAAAUGAUAAUGACUUUGGCAAAUAUAGUUUUCUGCUUAAAGAUUUAAACUAAUUUUUUUUUAUUAAUUUGGCAGUCUUCCCAAGGUGUUCAGGAAAAAAAAUAAUGUGUUGGGAAUACAGUAUUGAAGCAGAUGAGCUUACGUGAAGCUCCCUGCAGUUAAAGAGGGGGAACUGGCCUCCUCUCUCUCUUUCUCUGUGGAGUUUAAUGGAAAGCACAGAGCUGGCCUUGUGUUCUGUGUAAUCAUAGCUUUGUUGCUUUUGUCACAGAGGAAAAAAGACGCACUAUUGCCUUUUAUGUUUCUGUUCCUUAGGUGUUGCACGACGGACUGCUUUUCCGAAUUUGCAGAUUAUGUUCGGGCGAAAGGACACCAAAGAAGUAGUUUGGAAUUAAUUUGAUUGGUCAGAACAGAUCACAUGACAGUAUAUAAUAUUGAGGAUGUGUCGGUUAUUCUCAUACAUGUUGAUUUUUCUUUUUCUUUUACAUAUUGGAAUUUGGGGUCCUAAUAUUUUAUUUUACUUCCUGACAGCUUGUCUACUUUAUAUUCCACAAUCUGUUUGUUGAAUUAAGAUCCAUAUGGUAUUAUAUAGAUCAACAAAAUACCCACAAAAUAA